AUGGCACCUCGUGGAAGAAGACCACGCGUAUCCACCUUUGAGAACAAUACCGUACAAGAUGAUAAUUCAGAAGUACUCGCUGCUGUAGCGACACGUUUCUUUCAAAGGAUGGUCAAUGGUGAUAUGGUGGUAGGUAGAACCACACAAGUAGGAUGCACAUUAGAACAGUUCUCCCACCAGCACCUACCUACUUUCGAUGGCAGAUUGAAUUCCUUAGAUGCGGAAAGCUGGAUUGAACGUAUGGAGCAGAUUUUCAAAGUGCUCUACUGCACGGAUGAUCAGAAGGAGUCGAGAGCUCGCCAAUUUAUGGACCUUACUCAAGGAUCAAUGACGGUAGCACAGUAUGCUACGACAUUCAUGGAGCUUUCCCGUUUUGCCAGUUACUUAAUUCCAGAUGAGGAAAAGAAAGCUGAAAAGUUUGAGCGCGGUCUGAAUCGCAGGAUUAGGGAGUGUGUACGUACUCUCAGGAUUCGGAGUUUCACGGAACUAGUCACCCGUGCUACCAUUGCUGAAGAAGACAUUCAAGAAAGUAUCGAUUUCAAUAAUCAAAGGAAGCGACAACAGCAGCAACAACUCCAACUAGCAUCACAUAGGGAUAAGAGGCCUUUCCAGGAUAAUGGACAACGACCACGACAGGGUGAGACAGGAUGGCUCCCCAUGUGUGGGAAGUGUAGUAAGAGGCAUGGAGAGAAAUGUUUAAUGGGAACCGGAGCAUGUUUCAAGUGUGGGAAGGAAGGACAUUAUCUUCGAGACUGUCCUGGGAAGAACAUAACUACUACUCAAGCUACAAGAGAUGGACAGGAGAAUAUGGCACCAGCUCGAGUUUUCUCCUUGGCACAGUUGCGUGACACCAAUGUGCCCGCCAAUGAGAAUACAGGUAACUGA